AUGAUCGUAACUUCCUCAACACCAGAUUCCGCGGAAAUAGAAGAAGGGUCUUGUGCACUGGCAACUAACAUGCUGUUGGAAGCCCCAACAUCCACGAACAUUUUCCCUUCUUACGGCGAUGAAGAUGACAAUGAUGACGUUGGUGAAGUUGAUGCCGAUGAUGGUGCUGCUUUUGCUACCUCUGCCGCUAUUGAUGACGACGAGUAA